AUGGCUAUGUUCAGCCAAAACCCCCUGAUGAAUGGGCCCAACUACUCCUUCUCCGAGGCUCCCAAGACGGCCAACGGCGAGUUCAGACAGCACCGCUUCAACCCCUACACCGACAAUGGCGGCUCAACCUUGGCCAUCGCUGGCGCCGACUUCGCCAUCGUGGCCGGUGACACUCGUAGCACCUCGGGCUACAGCAUCAACUCCAGAUAUACCCCCAAGGUAUUCAAGAUCGGCGGCACCACGUCAACACAAGAAGACGCAACGAUCAUGCUCUCCGUAGUCGGCUUCGCAGCCGACGGCGAGGCUCUCAGGGACCGCCUCGACACCAUCUGCAAGAUUUACCGUUACCGUCAUGGCAAGCCUAUGAGCGUCACCGCCUGCGCGAAGCGCCUCUCCACCAUUCUCUACCAGAAGCGCUUUUUCCCCUACUACGUCUACGCCAUCCUCGGUGGUCUUGACGAGGAGGGCGUUGGCGCUGUCUUCUCCUACGAUCCCGUCGGCAGCUACGAGAGGGAGCAGUCCCGCGCUGGCGGCGCCGCUGCCAGUCUCAUCACUCCAUUCCUCGACAACCAGGUCAACUUCAAGAACCAAUACAUUCCCGGUAGCGGAGUCGGACAUGAGCUCCAGGAGCGCCCCCGCGUCCCGUUGGAGCGCAAGGAGGCCGAGAUACUUGUCAAGGACGCGUUUGACGGAGCGGUCGAGAGACACAUCGAGGUCGGUGACCAUUUGCAGAUGAUGAUCAUCACCAAGAACGGCAUCGAGGAAGUCCUCCUCCCCUUGAAGAAGGACUAA